AUGGGACGUGCUAGCUACCCGCCGAGGAUGAUGCCAAGCGCCCGACACCUGUCUUGCGAGGGUUGUCGCAAGCGGAAACUCAAGUGCUCUCGGACGGCGCCGUGUGUUGGAUGUACUCUGCGCGGACAAGAAUGCGUCUGGCUCGACUGCAAACCAGGGCAAGGCGAGACGAGGGCGAGUCUCGAGGAAAAUCUCGCCGAGAUCGAGCGCCUGAAUCGCGUCGUUCAGCAACUGCAAGCGCUACUCAUCGAGCGCGACGGCCGACCCUACUAUCCGCCCAUUGCGCCUCCUACACCGCCUUACUUCGACUCGCACGCCUAUGCUUACGACCCGACUCUUGCUCUACCGCCUGCGCCGGCCAUACACGAAGCCCCGGUCAUGCACUAUCUCCCGCAAUCCGUACAAGGCGUCUGGGUUCCCGCCUAUCCGCCGCCAGCCUUCGACCAGCACGCGCAGUCUUACACACUCGCUGGAGCCGAUCUGGCAGUCGACGUCGCUCCCUACGACUCGACGCCUCCUUAUGCCGCUCUCGCGCGCCCAUCUAUCCAUGGCCCGCCUGGAGCGUGGCACAUGAGCGAGCACCAGCGCUCCUUCACAAGCCCGGCGGCCUUCCCUACGCUUUCUCGCCUCGCGCAGGAACACGCAGCCGAGCCUCUCGCGCCGUCCGUCAAGCAGACACCCCAGCCAGAGCCCUCGCACAGGUUGCCUUCCCUCGACGUCGACCUUCCCCCGACAAGCGUUCCGACUUUGUCGGCUCUUCUCGCCCCCGACUACCUCGACCCCAUCUUCGCUCUCGAGCAGGGGUCGGCUCCGAGAGAGUCGACCCAUCAGACUCCCGAAGAAGAAGUGGCAUGGCAGGAGAUGGUGGACAUGCCCGCCGAGCAGGCGUGA